UUGAGGAAAUCACAGCCCCCGCGGUUGAAACCCACGCAGAGAGCUUCGGAGCACGCUGCAUUCGACCAACCAAUAAGCUUUCAUUACGAGGCGCGCGGAUGGCCGGAAAAUCAGGGACGACACCGGCGACGUAUUCUCCGUUUCCAUCGCAGAGGGUGAAGAAACCGUCCGCUCUCACCGGCGACGAUUGGGUGCGCCCCGACGGCCGCCACUUCUACAGGUGUCGCGAUGCAUUGCUAAACACUGGUGCAGUGAAAGCAGCAUCAGGAUCUGCUUAUGCUGAAUUUGGAAAUACUAAGGUCAUUGUUUCAGUGUUUGGGCCAAGGGAGAGUAAGAAAGCAAUGAUGUACAGUGAUACAGGCCGGUUGAAUUGUAAUGUUACUUAUACAACUUUUGCCACUCCUGUUCGUGGGCAGAUGUCAGAGAAUAAGGAGCUCUCCUCAAUGCUGCAUAAAGCUUUGGAGGGUGCCAUAAUUCUAGAUUCAUUUCCAAAGACCACUGUAGAUGUUUUUGCUUUGGUUUUGGAAUCUGGUGGCAGUGAUCUUCCUGUAAUUAUAUCAUGUGCUAGUCUAGCUCUAGCAGAUGCAGGGAUUUUGUUGUAUGAUUUGGUGGCAGCAGUUUCUGUGUCAUGUGUGGGGAAGAACCUCAUCAUAGACCCCAUAUCAGAAGAGGAAAGCUUCCAAGAUGGCAGCUUAAUGAUAGCAUGUAUGGCUUUGCGUAAGGAGGUCACCCAGUUGACUAUCACCGGAGAGUGGUCCACGCCAAAGAUUAAUGAAGCAAUGGAGCUGUGUAUUGAUGCUUGUUCGAAACUGGGGAAUAACAUGAGAGCUUGUUUGAAAAGUGUUGUUUCCGACUCCAAGGAAUAGGAAGAGGAAGGAACGGGGGCGUAAAAGUAUGUACUGUUUUCUUUCUUCCCCCUUAUGCCUACUAAAUUUUGCUACUAAGUAUUUUUCGGCCGGCUUUUUGUUUUAUCUGAUGGUGUUAAUAAAAGAUAUUUUCGGAUAAUUGAGAUUAUUUUGAUACCCCAAUUUUGAAAAACAUUGAUUUAGGAUCCAGUAUUUUGUCCUUACAUCUGGGACUUGGAGUGGGAGGGAGAAAAUGAUUCCUCUCUUUGUCCUUGAGAGACAUAAGCAUUUGUUAUUAAUAUGAUUCCUCACAAUUAACCUUAUCCUUUUGGAUCCUGUGAAAUAUUAUGGAGCAAAAUCUGGAGUGUUUCCUGGAGUGUUUCCAGGGGUGUAGUUAGUGUAUUUUUUUCAGGAAAAGUGUCCCCAUUUGUCUCCAUCCUUAGAUGUAUAUAUAUGUAAUCAGUGUGUAGUGAAUCAAUAAGAGAAAUAUACAACAUACUCUUAUUUCA